AUGAGACAAAUACGAUCUGCAGAAAAUACUCCUAUUUUUCAGGAAACAUUAUUAGGAUGGAUAAUAUUUGGCGCGAUUCCCAUCGAUGACAAAAAACAACGCAAUAAUGAAGUAUAUUGUGGAUUGUCUACUUGCGCUUUACAGCAACAAUUAGAAAAAUUUUGGACGAUCGAGGAAGUUAAAGUCCCGCCACAUUGUUCGUCUAAAGAAAAACAGUGCGAAGAGCAUUUUAUUUCUACUCAUCGUAGAGAUAUAGAUGGUCGUUUUAUAGUACAACUACCGCUAAAGGAUACAGCAGAAAAUUUAGGAGAAUCAUAUAUUAUUGCGGAAAAACGUUUUAAAGCAUUAGAGAGAAAGCUGGAAAGGCAAUCUGAAUUAAAGGCUCAGUAUCAUGAAUUCAUGGCGGAAUAUUUAAAGCUGCACCACAUAAGUGAAGUUCAGAUCGAAGAAAAACAUAAUAAGCCAGCUUACUAUAUUCCGCAUCAUGCUGUAACAAAAGAGGAUAGUACAACGACAAAACUAAGAGUCGUCUUCGACGCGUCAUGUAAAACAUCAUCUGGAAAAUCCUUGAAUGAUAUACUCAUGCUAGGGCCAAUUCUUCAAAAUAGUUUAUUUGAUAUUAUAAUUCGUCUAAGACAACAUAAAUAUGCCAUGGCAGCCGACAUUGCCAAAAUGUAUCGCCAGAUUGCAGUAGAUCAUAAAGAUCGCAAAUUCCAACGUAUUUUAUGGAGAUGGGACAAGAAAGAUCCUGUACAAACAUUUGAACUCAAUACAGUUACUUAUGGUAUGACGAGUUCACCAUUUUUGGCAAUUCGAUGUUUACAGGAAGUCGCACAACAGAUGAUAUCUGAAUAUCAAAAUGCUGGUGAAACAAUAAUAAGAGAUUUCUAUGUGGACGACCUAUUAACGGGAGCGGAUACAAUAGGGGAACUUAUACAACUGAAACAAGAAAUUAUACAUAUUUUAAGUUUUGGAAAUUUGAAUUGA